AUGCGUGCGAUCGCCGACCCGUUGCUUGUUAACGAUGCCAAGCCCGAGAGGGAGCUCACCACCAAGGCGCUCGCCGAGGCCCUAGGCACCUUCUUUCUCGCCCUCAACAUCGGGAUGUGCUCCGGCGACCUGGCCCCGUUUGCUGUCGGCGGCACGCUUAUGAUCAUGGUGUACGCGUUUGGACACAUCAGUGGCGGCCACUUCAACCCGGCGGUCACUCUCGCGGUCUACCUCCGCGGCAAGCUCGGGGACGCCACCAACGCCGCCUACUAUGCCCUCGCCCAGUUUGCAGGCGCAUUCGCUGGCGCGUUCGUGUCGAACAUCCUCUCCGACGAGCCAGGCUACCCCGCCCCAGCCGCCGACGCGGGGGCGCUCAAGGCGCUGCUGGCCGAGGCAAUCUACACCUUUGCCCUCUGCAGCGUCGUCCUCAACGUGACGACGACGAAGAACCAGGAGGGCAACUCGUUCUUCGGCCUGGCCAUUGGCGCGACCCUCACCUGCUCCGCCCUCGCUGCCGCCGGCAUCUCGGGAGGCGCCUUCAACCCGGCAGUCGGCACCGGGCUUCCAUUGGCCGCCGCCGCCGACUUUUCAAGCGUGUGGAUCUACUGGGCUGGACCCCUGCUCGGCGGUGCCGCCGCGGGUGCGGCGUUCAAGCUCAUGGGGAGCGAGUGA